AUGGCUUCUGUCGCCGUUCCCUUCCAUCGACCCACCCACAAAGCAUCCAGACAAGCCUCAAGAGAUAUGCGGGACGAUAUCCUCCUUCACAUUGAUCAUUUUAUCGGAAUCGAUGUCGGGACAGGUAGCGCCCGCGCUUGUAUUAUAGACGCGAAGGGAAACAUUGUCGGAUUGGCCUCUGAAAAUAUUGGCCUCUGGCAGCCCCAGACCGGUUACUACGAACAAUCUACAAGUGAUAUCUGGCGCUGCAUCUGUGUUGCAGUUCAGCGCGCUAUCAGCCAUCAUAACAUUGAUCCCGAAACAGUGCGCGGAAUCGGGUUCGACGCAACCUGUUCCUUGGCCGUCUUCUCUAAUGUAACCGACGAACCAGUUUCCGUGACGGGACCUAAUUUCGACAGUGACCGCAACGUUAUCCUUUGGCUCGACCAUAGACCUAUUACAGAAACUGAAAAAAUUAACGCGGCCAACCACAACCUACUGCGGUAUGUUGGUGGGAAGAUGUCAAUUGAGAUGGAGAUCCCGAAGGUCAUGUGGUUGAAAAAUAACAUGCCCAAGGAGCUCUUCGAUAACUGCAAAUUUUACGAUCUGGCUGAUGCCUUGACGCACAUCGCCACUGGUAAUGAAAAGCGAAGCUACAGUAGUGUGGUUUGCAAACAGGGGUAUGUCCCCGUUGGUGUGGAUGGCAGCGUGAAAGGCUGGCAGGAAGACUUUUUGACCCAGAUUGGUCUGCAUGACCUGAUAGAGAAUAAUUUCAAGCGUAUGGGUGGCGUCGACGGGGCGAAUGGAGACUAUCUUAGUGCGGGCGAGCUCGUUGGUACCUUGUGCGACAAAGCGGCUUCAGAAUUGGGAUUACCUGCUGGAAUAGCCAUCGGUGGCGGCGUUAUCGAUGCCUAUGCUGGUUGGAUUGGCACUGUUGGCGCCAAAGUUGAGCUCGAGUCUCAACAACUGACCUCGAACGUUGCGAAGAAUGACAAAACACAAGCAUUCUCGCGCCUAGCGGCUGUUGCCGGAACCUCAACAUGUCAUCUCGUCAUGUCGCCCAAUCCUGUUUUCGCCCCGGGAGUUUGGGGUCCGUACCGUGAUACCAUCAUUCCCGGAUACUGGAUGGCCGAGGGUGGACAGUCUGCUACUGGUGAGCUGCUUAAACAUAUCAUUGAGACGCAUCCGGCCUUCAACCAAGCGACCUCAGUUGCGGAAUCCUACAACGCUAACAUUUAUGAAUAUCUCAAUGAGCAUCUAAGGGAGAUGAAGAAUGAACGAAAUGCACCGAGCAUCUCUUACCUCGCGCGCCAUUUCUUCUUCUACGGUGAUCUAUGGGGAAACCGCUCCCCAAUUGCCGAUUCUAGAAUGGCAGGCUCGGUUAUUGGCCUCUCUAGUGACCAAUCAGUGGAAGGCCUCGCCAUAUACUACUAUGCCACUCUAGAGUUCAUCGCGUUGCAGACCAGGCAGAUUGUCGAGACAAUGAAUAAAUCGGGCCACAGCAUCACGUCUAUCUUCAUGUCAGGAUCUCAGUGUCAAAAUGAUAUUCUUGUUAAACUCAUUGCAUCGGCGUGCGGUAUGCCUGUUCUAAUUCCACGGUAUAUCCAUGCUGCUGUCUGCCAUGGUGCAGCAAUGCUCGGAGCCAAGGCGGCCAGUGCCGACCCCGAAGGCAGAACAGAGGAUUUAUGGAAUAUCAUGGAUCGGAUGAGUAAACCAGGAAGAAAGGUCAUACCGACUGAUGACACGAACGAAAAGGCCCUACUCGAGGUCAAGUAUAAAGUCUUCCUCGAGCAGUGCCACAAGCAACAAGCAUAUCGGGCCCUUGUCGACAAAGCCGUAGGCUCCUGGGGAACUGUCUAA